GUUUGGGGUUAACCGUCGAAUUCUAAACGGUGUUUCUGCAGUCGUUAGAUGGAGUUAAUCACAGCCGUUGAAGCGUAUUUUGCCUUUGGUAUAAAAGGCUAUACUUCUGUAAAAAGGAGUUUUUUACUCUUGCGAUUUUGCUGUCAAAUUCUUGCUAAAUCUUUGCGGUUUCGUGCGGUCUGCGCUUUGUUUGAGACGUCAACAACAGUUUUCCAAGACCAAAAUCAGGAAAUUAGGGUUGGGAGUGAGAAUGUAUUGAGUGUGUUAGAAUUUUUAAGGGUCCUGACUCCGUUCCUCCUCCUACUUUAUGCAGAAAUUGAGGAGAUGUCUUCAGAAGGAACCAUGAGUGUAGUGGGGAGUGAAGUGAUGCCCCUGGAUUAUGGUAGUAUGGAUUCGGAGAGCAAUCCGUCUCCGUCUAGUUCGGAGAGGACGGUGGAGGAAAGGGGGAAUCGAAGGGUAGUAGAAGAGGAGGAAGAUGAGAUUCCCUCAAAUAUUUUGGAGGCUGGGAGUGAUGUAGAUGGGUGUUAUGACCCAGAGUUAGAUAUAGUUUCUGAGGUGAGGGGAUAUGUGAGUGAACUGGGUAGCAGGGGUAGUCUUAGGGGCCUCGUGGGUAACUGUAACCUCCUUCACCAUGUCCUAAUUAGGCCUGCCGGGGUGAAUGAGAGGGCAUGCUCAGCACCCCGAGACCAUUGGAUGCCCUUACACGUCCAUUAUUUGAUUGCGGGGCUUAGGUUUCCCAUCCCAGAGUUACUGGUUGGGCUAUUACUAGAUUAUAGCAUAGGAAUCACCCAGUUAACCCCAAACGCUAUAAGGGUAGUAAUAGGGGGUAGGAGUGAGAAGGGGUGGUAUUACUUCGGUCCUCGGUCGUCCAGCAAAGGGAAUAAGAGUUUAUUCUCUGCUGGACCGUCAUCCAUCAAAGGAUGGAAAGAAAAAUUCUUCUUUGUGGAUGACACCGAGUGGAGUAGGAGGGAUGCCGAAGUGGAACAGUUGUCUGCUUGGAAAGCUAAGAAAACCAACCCGAAGGCAAUAGAGGCUAUUGAGCUCUAUGGGCCAAGCUCAUUGAGUGAAGAUGGACAGGUUUAUAAAUGCUGCUGGGGGGCUGCGCAUCCCAAAGAAGCCAAGGAAGAAGUCCAAGACUUCAACCGCGGUGGAAAAGGGGGGGUAGAGAGGGAGCAGCUGUCUAGCACUUUUGCCCGGGCUUCGGAGGUGCAGCCAAGGCCAGAGCCUGUGAUGGGGGGCAGUGAGGAUAACACAAAUGGAACCCAAAAAUUCUCCCCACCUACUGGAAAUUCCGGAUCUGCUCUAUCCUUCCUCCCCUGUCCGCCUGCUGCCCCUGCUUUGUGGGGCGAAUUGCUCGGUCUUUUUGAUUGUGAUAUGAUUAAGUUCCGAGCCUUGUGCAUUUGUGGGACCUGUCUCACGAGUGCACGGCGUCUGUCGCGCCUUGAAUUUGGGUUUUGGGGCGUGACAGAGGAUGCGAGCGAGGAGGUGCCACCGCUCCAGAGGAAGAAGAGGAAGGUGGUAGAGCCAGAAGCCAAGGGGGAUGAGGUGGUUGAGUUCGUGCCUCGGCCUUCUCCUCCAGAAGUUGAUGCUGAACUCAGGGAGAGGGAGGAAGCCGUGGUGCAAGGUCCUAGCAAAGGCAAGGAGCUCAUCCCCCCUUCUUCGUUCCAGAAGAGUUUGUUCGAGGCAACAAACACCACUUGGGCGAAGCGAUUUCUGAAUGCUACUCUUCCAGAGGUGGAUAGGAGGCGGGCAAGGGACGAGGUGGUGAGCCAGCUAGGGGCUACAGUUGUGGGGCAUGCCUUGGAGAGUGCAAGCUGGACAAACGCUCUAGCGCAGGAGUACGCAGAGAGCGAGAGAGAUCGUGCCAGCUUGCAGAGGCAGUGUGAGCAGCUGCAGAAGGAGAGGGAGGAGCUGCAGAAGGAGAAGGAGGAGUGGCAGAAGGAGAAGGAGGAGUGGCAGAAGGAGAAGAGGGAGAUGCAGAGGAGGUUGGAUGAAGUUCUUCCUUCAGUUACCGAACUCCAGAACGACAAUGAUGUCUUGAGCACGAAACUCGUUCUCAAAGAACGUAAGAGGAAGAUCUGUGAAGAGAAGCUCGAAGCUCAAGACAAAUAUAUUGAGAACAUGAGGAAAGGAGCGGCGGAGCUGAAGAAGAACGUGAAUCUGCUGGUUCACAACGGAAUGGAGGAGCACAUUGGCAACUUCCUCAACUCCAGCGUCUUCGAGCACAUCAUCAACCUGUACCGGUUACCAACCGCAAUCGUGGCCUUCACCAACUGUAGAAAGAAGGUGAAGGCCCAGUACCCAGAGGUGGACGUGACAACGGUCACUUUUAGGGAACAAGAAGAAGGGGUGGAGGAAGAUGGUGAGAGCCUCUCUGUUGACUUCCGGCCUCUGAUCAAGCUGAGGUGGGAGCGUGACAUAGAGGGGUGUACUAUUUUUCCUCCAGCCUUUGAUGCUAAGUUGGUGGCUGUGGGGGAAGAGGAAGAAGUGCCAGAUGUUGGAGAGGAGAACCAGGCAAUCCCAGCCGAAGUCCAGCCUCCUGAGGUGCAUCCAGUCUCCUCUGAUGAAGUGUAGCAGCUAGCUCCUCCUAAAGCAGAAGUGCCUCCUCUGCCUGUUGGAGAUGAGCCUAGAUCGCUGCCUCUCCCUACUGAGGAGCAGCCUCCUCCUCCAGCAGAGUAGCUUAGGUUUUUAUGUCUUUUAGUUAUUUUUGUAAAGGACAUUUUUGUAAUUGAUGUGUUAUUAUUGUAUAAAAUUUUUGAAGUUUA